AUGUGGGGAUUGUGGGAAAGCCGUGCUCGCAGCAGUGUUUUGAUCCAAGCAGCUGAUUGAUUAUCGCUGCCGUCCUUGCCCCUCCUGCACCGCCGCUGCCUUGGGUUUUUAUUUUGCCUGCUGGAUAUUUGAACGAUAUAAUCAAAGCACCAAUUUCGGCUCGGCCUUCCACAUUUUUUUCCAGACUUGCCCAGUGUCGGUGAGAUUACUUGCUGUUGCCCCCCAGAAAGCCCCUUCAUGAUUUCGUCCGACGGUGAAGACGAACUGUACAGCGAGAGGACGGCACUGAUAUCGGCCGACACCUCCACCACCUUGUCCUACCAGGACAUGGAUGGGACGCCUGGCCACAGCGACGCACAGACUAACCGGCGACGAUCGGGUUCCAGUCGCCCCGCCAACCCGGCGGAGGGGAGCGAAGGUCCAGGGGGUGACCCCACGAGCAGGGACGCUGGCGGAGAGGGUGAGGAGGAAGAGGAGGAGGAGCUGAUCCUGAAGUAUGGAGCGAAGCACGUCAUCAUGCUGUUUGUGCCGGUCACCCUGUGCAUGGCGGUGGUGGUGGUGACGAUCAAGUCGGUCAGCUUCUACACCAGGAAGGAUGGGCAGCUAAUCUACACCCCGUUCACAGAAGACACUGAUUCAGUUGGACAGCGCAUUCUCAACUCCAUCCUUAAUACUCUGAUCAUGAUCAGCGUUAUUGUCGUAAUGACAAUAAUUCUUGUCUUUCUUUACAAGUAUCGAUGUUACAAGUUUAUUCAUGGAUGGUUGAUUCUCUCCUCACUGCUGUUACUGUUCCUCUUCAGCUACAUAUACUUGGGCGAGGUGUUUAAGACAUACAAUGUGGCCAUGGACUACCCCACCCUGAUCCUAAUCAUCUGGAACUUUGGAGCUGUUGGAAUGGUUUGCAUCCACUGGAAGGGUCCCCUGCAGCUGCAACAGGCCUAUCUCAUCAUGAUCAGUGCACUGAUGGCCCUGGUCUUCAUUAAGUACCUUCCUGAAUGGUCGGCCUGGGUCAUUCUUGGUGCUAUAUCUGUUUAUGAUCUUAUUGCAGUGCUGUGCCCUAAAGGGCCCUUGAGGAUGCUGGUGGAGACAGCCCAGGAGAGGAACGAACCAAUAUUCCCAGCCUUAAUAUAUUCAUCUACCAUGGUUUGGCUGGUGACGAUGGCAAAGCGAGAUGUGGGGACUGCAGAGCCUCUGAACAAUGCGUGCACUUCAGAAAUCUAUCCCGACGUGGAGGCCGAGGGGAACCACCAUGUUGCCCCAGAGUGGGAUGAUAUCGCUGAGUUACCCCAAGCCCAGAUCCAAGGGGUCCACCAUUCAGGUUCUGGGGCAGAGGAUCUGGAGGAGGAAAAGGGUGUGAAGCUCGGCUUGGGAGACUUCAUCUUCUACAGUGUCCUUGUGGGCAAGGCUGCAGCAGGUGCCAGCGGAGACUGGAACACAACCUUGGCUUGCUUCAUUGCCAUUCUCAUUGGAUUAUGCCUCACUCUCUUGCUGCUGGCCGUGUUUAAGAAAGCCUUGCCUGCUCUUCCAAUCUCCAUCACCUUCGGCCUGGUGUUCUACUUCUCCACAGACAACCUGGUGCGUCCAUUCAUGGACACUCUUGCUUUCCACCAGUUUUAUAUUUAGGAAACAAAUAACUCUUGAUUAAAUCCUCAUCUUCAGCAGGUGCUAAGUUGGCACUAAUGUUACAUUACAACUUAAGAAAAACAAAAUAUUAUCACUUGCAUAUUUGGUGUGUUUUAAUGAUGAAAGUGGUAUAACCAUUUUGAUUCUGGCAACCAGAUUGUGUUAAGAUCCAUUUUUGUGGUGUCUUCAUAGAAACAAGUUAUAAAAGCAGGCCUAUUAGUAACUUAAAUGUAUUUAGUCAUCCUUCUGACAAGACAUCAAGGAUUUCACAAAACAACUCUUGUGGUGAACCCUUUCAGGCUGAACAUAAAAUUUUAAGAUAAUAUAAACUGGACCAGGGAUUGAAGAAGGACUUAAUUAUUCCAACAUUCUUACAUAUUUGAGAAUGAUUUCAUUUCAUCAUCAUACCUUAACAAAUAUUGGGGAACUGGUAUCCCAUGGAACAAUUAAGGCAGUGGCAUCUAUCCCACGUUUUCCUUGAAUGUGAAUGAUUCUCUACAAGCUCGUCUAAUUUUCUAAUUACUUUAAAGAAAUCUUUGACUAUAACUAAUUAUGAUUACUAGCAGGCCAAUUUGCACAGAACAGGAAGCACUUUUUGUAUGAGUGAGUGUUUUUUAUGCAACAAUCUCACCCAAAUAUUUCCUCAGGUUUUUGUAGCAAUUUAGUCAGUACAAUAGAAUUGCAUGCUUUUUGAUUAGGAUAGAGUUUGGGGGAAUGCUGUGUAAAAACGAGUGACAUUAUUGUAAAAUUGCUGCCUCAGAGAAUUUCAAACUGUAUUCAAUCAAGAAGGGAGUUCCACAAAUUAGCCUUAUCUGAAUAAUGACAUUGGUGAUUAAUGUUAAAGCAACCUGAUAAUGGAUUGACACUAGAGUUUAUCUCCCCCAUCUCUGCACAAGAAUAAAGCAAAGAAUCGGUUUAAUUGGCAAAAGACCCAGAAACAAGAGGGUUGUGUUUUACAUAAAGGUUUGAAAGCAUGGAAAUUGUUCAAUGGUUAAUGAAAACAAAAAAAAGAAAUCCCUGGAGAGAAACUUAAGACUAUGGGGGUGAUAAAAAUGAUGUAGUUGGAUAGAUUCAACCAGCCGGAUGGCCACCUCAGUAUAUCAUUCCGUACAGAAACCUGGCUACCAGCUAGAAUUUUAUUACUUGAACAAUUUAAACUUGCCAUAUUAUAUUUGCCUAGUCACCGAGGCUCUCUUGAUAAAUCUCAAACUGCAGUUGAAGGUACAGAUUCUAAAAUCUGUGGCAAACAAUUGGCUCAACAGAGGCCUCCAAUGAGACGUGGUCCCUUCUGCCCCAAUGGGUGGGAAUACCUGGAUAGGGAGCUCCUUUGGCAACCUCAAACAACUUCACUAAACCAUUGAGCCAAUACAAAAUACCUAUGGUGCUGUUGGGAGGUGUCAGGUGGCACAGACCAAUUAGGAUGUUUGUGAUGGUUUCCAAUAACAUGCAACUGGACAAGAGGUCAGUUACACACCUGAAAUUCAUAAAUGAUCUGUGAUUUUUGGUCAAAGUAAAAUUGAUUAUUACAAAAACUUUAGUUCUCGGCUUUUGUUCUGCAGGAUGAAUUGUGCUUCUGUCCA